CCCCUUCAUUACACUCACAAGAUGUCACUGCAAGGGUGCCUCCUAGUGCUCCCAAGAUGGUGUAGUUUGCAUUUUUGGGCAAUGCAAUCUCAUGAAACAACUCCGAGGCGGUAUCAGAAGAAAAGAUGAGAUAAUUCACGUUAUCUGGCACCAAAUUAUAAUCCCAAUAGGCCAACCAAUGGAGAGCACCACCAACAACCACACCUCUGCAGGCGUCUUGAAUUCCAUCUACUUUAUGUAAGGAAUUUUAUUUCUUCUCCAGUCUUACGUUGCAUACUUUGAUUGCAUAAAUAUGUUUUCCAGUU